UUUCAUAUUUGACAACAUUUUUAAGAGAAAAAUCUGAGGCGUUAUUGGUAGCUAAGAUUUUGGCGCGGCGGAUUCUGUGUUACGUUCUGCUCUCCAACAUCCUCUGUGUUCGCCGCCAACUUGGGAAUCUCAUUGAUCCGUCAACCAAAACCCUCCGUUUGUUUGCGUGAUUCUUAAGGAAUCCAGUCAACUCAAGUCCACUCCAAUCUUACGUUUCUACAACUGUUUUUGGUUGCCGGAAUUUAGGGUUUCCGUCGCAGCUCUAAGCUGCUCCGUUCCCAACCCAAAUAUUCUCCUCUGGGUAUGCCCCUGUUCAUCAGUUUUUCCAAUCUUUGUGGAAACAGAAUUGUCAGUCGUUCCACGGUCACUAUUGGGUUUGUUUGAAGCCGUUCGAUGAGUUGAGAGAGUGAGAGCAUGGCAAGACAGCUGCCCCAAAAUCAUCUUGCGAAUCACAUUCCAGGAACUACACCUAGCCUUUGUGUGCAGGAGGAGCAUCUGCUCUCUGCACGAAAAUGGUAUUUCUGCAAACAGGAAAUUGAAAAUCAUUCGCCCUCCAGGAAGGAUGGAAUUGAUUUCAAAAAAGAGUCUCAACUGCGGAAGUCAUAUUGCUCAUUUCUGCAAGAGCUUGGAAUGAAACUGAAAGUGCCUCAAGUAACAAUUGCAAGUGCCAUGAUGCUAUGCCACCGGUUCUAUAUGCGUCAAUCCCAUGCUAAAAAUGACUGGCAGACAAUUGGAACUGCAGGUAUCUUUCUUGCCUGUAAGAUUGAAGAAACACCCCGGUUUCUGAAUGAUGUUGUUGUUGUGGCUUACGAGUUGAUAUUCAAAUGGGAUCCUUCUGCCUCUAAAAGAAUCAGACAAAAGGAAGUUUUCAACAAACAAAAGGAAUUAAUCUUGAUUGCAGAGAGGCUUCUAUUGUCAACACUUGCAUUUGAAGUUGAUAUUCAACUUCCCUACAAGCCACUUGUUGCUGCUCUAAAAAGAUUGGGAAUGGCAGCUGACCUUGGGAAGGUGGCCUGGAAUUUUGUAAAUGAUUGGCUUUGUACAACGCUGUGCUUGGAGUACAAACCCCAUUACAUUGCAGCAGGCUCAAUAUUUCUUGCUUCCAAAUUUCAAAAGGUGAAAUUGCCUUCGGAUAAGGGAAAGGUUUGGUGGAUGGAGUUUGAUGUUUCGCCAAAACAGUUACAAGAGGUUAUACAGCAAAUGUUGAAGCUAUUUGAGAAAGAUAGAAAACAAAGCCUACCACCUUCAAAAGAGAAACCUCACCAGCCAGAAGUUUUAGAUGGACAGACAAGGGUUGAUAGUUCCCAAUCAUGUAUAUCCAGCGUGACAGUUUCUGAUCAGAGUCAUGAAGCCAUGACAGAGUCCAGUGAGUGCAAUAAGUCUGUAAUGCCUAAUUGUUGCCACAAUCAGCAAAAUAUAAAUCACAGUAUCAGUCCUGUGGAAGUUUUACCCUGCCAAACAAGCGACACGGGAAGUUCAAGUAGUGUCAUUGACAAUGGUGAUACUGGGAUUUGUCAGAAUACUGAGGAAAAUUAUUCUGAUCACAUCACACUGUCAACAACUGUUCCUAUUCCAGUUUCUAAGGACUGCAAAAAGAUAAACUUAUUUCAAAUCAGAGAGGCAAUAAAGAGAAGACGACUUUCUAGAGCUACAAGUACGAAGGAAGUACAGCCCAUGAGUCCAGACAUUGACGGCGAAGCAUGGAUAGAAAAAGAGCUGGAACAGGGAAUAGAGCUAGAAUACGAAUCCUCAUUAAAUAAGAAAAGAAAGGCAUCUUGAAAUUGGGAAUGAAUUUCUACUUACGGAUAAAGUAUCAUCAAUAUUUUUCUUGUCAGAGCUUUUGAUUAAUUCCAGAAAUUCUUCAAACUGUAAGUAUUAAGAGGGCACUUUCAGCUUAUUAUUCAUUCUUUGUCUCCCCCCCUCCCCCCCCCCCCCCCCCCCCAAAAAAAAAAAAAAAAAAAAAAAAAAAAAAAACUCUUAUGUAGUCUAAUAACGUACCACUCCAUUGAUAAGUAAGUGUACAUGUUUAUGCUGAAGUGUAUUUAUAUAACAAUUUUCUAUUUGUUCUGUUGAGAA